AUGAACGGCAACCAAGUCAACACGACUCUUAUCAACCGGACCCCUCCCCCUAGGAAGGGUCUUAACUAUUACAUCGCCUACUACUCUCUCGCCAUUAUCUGCUAUAUUGUUGUGACGAUUGGCUACUUGAUCUGCGUUUCCGAGGAUCCUACUUUCUCGGACAAGAUGCUCACAAUCGUCUUCUCGGUCUCGACGUUGGUUGUGACGAUAGGCGUCGCUUUUUUCACCUACGCCUCCCGUCGCGAUUGCGCCUAUCACCUCCAUACCUGCCGCUUCAGGGCCAAGGCCGCAACCAACAACGUCAAGGGCGCCGUGAAGGACUUCUUAAUUCGCUGUCGCUUCCCAACUUACAAGCGCCCUCGGGCCGGCUCACAGAACGGUGCCGCUUAG